AUGCAUAAUAAGUACAGAUUCUGCCUUACUGGUUUGAUGGAACCUUUCCAACAAGCUUAUAAGCUGGAUAGUUACAGAAGAAGACUAGGCUUGAAGACUGCUUUAUGCAAUAUUUCAGGCAAGAUUUGGGCUUUUGUAGAUGAGGAUCAUGAAGUUACUGUACUCAUUGAUAGUGUUCAACAAAUGACAUUGAAGUUGGAAAAUUGUGAUACUCAUGCAGAGAUUAUUGUUACCUUAGUCUAUGCUAAAUGUGACAGGAUUGAAAGAAUUGAACUAUGGGAACCUCUUUAUCAUUUGGCAUCUGACAUGACUUUACCUUGGCUUGUUGGUGGUGACUUUAAUGUUAUUACUGAUGAAAAAGAGAUGUAUGGUGGUAUGCCAGUGACUUUGAAUGAAGUGGAAGACUUCAGACAUUGCAUUCAAACCUGCAAUCUCACAGAUUUGGGCUAUAAAGGCAGUAUUUUCACUUGGUGGAAUGGAAGAGGUGCAGAAGACUAUGUGUUUAAGAGACUUGACAGGUGCUUAGGCAAUUUUGAGUUUCAGCAACAUUCUCCAUUGCUUCUUGAAUGUAAACAACAAGUCCAACAAUUCAAGAAAUCUUUCAAAUUCUUGAAUUUUUGGACUAAGCAUGAGACAUUUUUGGAGGUGGUGAAGGAAAAUUGGGAGACUGAUCUGCAAAAAGUACUGUCAACUUGGAGCAAGAGCACAUAUGGAGAUAUUUUUCAGAAGAUAACAAACUUAGAGGAGGUUGUCAAAGAUCAUGAAGCAAUUUUUGAAUCCAAUCCAUCAUAUUCCAACAAGGAGAAACUAAUGAAGGUUCAAGCUGAAUUGACAAGAGUUUUGCACCUGGAGGAAGAAUUUUGGAAGCAAAAGGCUGGCAUAUCCUGGUUUCAAGAAGGAGACAAGAAUUCCAAGUUUUUCCAUGCUUAUGUGAAUGGAAGACGGAAGUUUCUGCUGUUAAACAGGAUUCAAGACAGUACAAGAACUUGGCUUGACUCUGAGGAUGAUAUUACAAAAGAAGUCAAGGAUCCCACCAAACAUGAAGUGAAGCAGGUUGUCUUUGGCUUAAACUAUGAAAGUGCAAGUGGACCUGAUGGUUACACAAGUCUGUUCUUUCAAAAAUGCUCGGAUAUUGUUGGUGAUGACAUGUUCAACAUGGAAUAUAAGCAGGCUUCUGGUCAGAUGAUAAAUAAAUCAAAGAGUUCUAUUUACUUGCAUGAUAGGGUGGAUGAAGAGAAAAACUCCACAAGAUAUUUGGUCAGUUCUUUUGGAGCAAUACUAUUGGUGAAUGAGGCAGACAUUGGACUAGAUGGUAUACUUCAUGUUUGCCUCAAGAUGAAGGUGGUUUGGGAUUUAGAUCACUUGGUGACAUGUCAAUGGCAUUGUUUGCCAAACUGUGGUGGAAUUUCAGGACUAAACCAUCUUUGUGGAGUUCAUUCAUGA